AUUCGCUUCCUCCAGGUCCAACGACAGUCGAAGUGUUUGUGGUGGAAUUUGACCCCACAAAUAGAGUCAAAAAGAUUUUGUCAAAUGUCAUGUAAAUAUUUGUAGUACCUCGUAAAUCUCAAAACAAACUUCUAUGCAAAUGUUUGAGCGGUUAUCCUUUGAAAUCUUUACGUGAAGUUUGGCUGUGUUGUAGCCGUGUGCUUUGCGUUAUUAUAAUCCUAAAGAUGAGCGAGAAAGGGGUGUUAUUUCAUGGCGAAUCCUCACUCGUCAAGGUCGAAUCUAACGUUGUUGUCAUUGACCCUACUGUUGGCGAUAAAGUCGAUAAACUGGCGUCUCGACUGCAAGGUGGUUUGAACUUGGUACGCAACAAGUUGAGAUCUAGAACCAGCAUCGACCAAGAUCCAGAUGUGGGGGAAUCGUCUUCGGGGAGGAUUUUCGCUGGGAAAUUCAAACGCAAUGCCGAUCUAAACGAACUUCUGGACAGCAGUAAAGACAGAGAUAAAUUGGAGGCUAUGAGACGUAUAAUUGAGAAUGUUUCAAGUGGCAAGGAUGUUUCAAACAUGUUUGCAUCUGUUGUCAAGAAUGUUGUUUCAAAAAAUCCUGAGAUCAAGAAGCUGGUGUAUGUUUACUUGGUACGAUAUGCAGAAGAACAGCAGGAUUUGGCAUUGCUCUCCAUAAGCACCUUCCAAAAAGCUCUUAAGGAUCCCAACCAGUUAAUCAGAGCAAGCGCCUUACGAGUGUUGUCAAGUAUCCGUGUUUCAAUUAUUGUGCCAAUCAUGAUGUUGGCCAUCAAAGAGGCAGUGACAGACAUGUCUCCAUUUGUUCGAAAGACUGCCUGCCAUGCCAUUCCAAAACUUUAUAGCCUUGAUCCAGAACUAAAAGAGCCGCUGGUGGAAGUGAUAGAAAAAUUGCUAAAGGAUAAGACAACACUUGUUUCUGGGAGUGCUGUCAUGGCAUUUGAAGAAUUGUGCCCUGAUCGAAUCGACCUCAUUCACAAGAAUUAUCGUAAAUUGUGCAAUCUAUUGGUGGACAUUGAUGAAUGGGGACAGUCAGCUGUAAUCCAUAUGUUGACAAGAUAUGCCAGGUCACAGUUUCUCGAUCCUAACAAAGCGGAUCUUGAAAAUGAGAAAUUCUACCCGGAAUCUGAUGGUAGUCAGGAUGAAGAUGAUGAUGAUGAUGAUGACGACGAUAAUAACGAAAAGACAGAAAAGAAGAAACCUUAUAUUAUGGAUCCUGAUCAUCGUUUGUUGCUGAGAGUCACUAAACCCUUGUUACAGAGCAGAAAUGCUGCGGUUGUGAUGGCAGUGGCCAGGUUGUACCAUCACUGUGCUCCUGCCAGUGAGGUUGGUGUCGUGACAAGAGCUUUGGUGAGGUUGCUUAAAGGUCACAGGGAAGUGCAAUAUGUUGUUUUGAGUAAUAUAGCAACUCUCUCAGCAACAAGAAAGGGAAUGUUUGAGUCACAUUUGAAAAGUUUUUUUGUCCACUCCAAUGAUUCCUCGCAUAUCAAGACACUAAAGCUGGAGAUAAUGACAAAUAUUGCGUCCGAAACCAAUAUAACAAUUUUACUACGAGAAUUUCAGACCUACAUCAAUAACGCAGACAAGCAGUUUGUGGCUUCAACGAUACAGGCAAUAGGACGCUGUGCUUCAAACAUCCCUGAAGUCACAGAUACGUGUUUAGCUGGUUUGGUGAAAUUAUUGUCGAAUAGAGAUGAAACUGUUGUUGCUGAAAGUGUGGUCAUGAUUAAAAAACUUCUGCAACUAAAGCAUAAAGACAAGUCUCAAAUUAUAACACAAAUGGCAAAGAUAUUGAAUAAAAUUACAGUUCCUAUGGCAAGAGCAAGCAUCUUGUGGUUGGUUGGUGAAUAUGCUGAACGCGUUCCCAAGCUCGCACCAGAUGUUUUGAGGAUGGCCGCUAAAACUUUCAUUAAAGAGGAGGAUAUAGUGAAGUUGCAAAUAAUAAACUUAGGUGCAAAGUUAAUAUUAGUUAAUCCUACACAGACACAACAACUCUGUCAAUACGUGCUAAAUCUUGCCAAGUAUGAUCAAAGUUACGACAUCAGAGAUCGUGCUCGCUUUCUUCGACCCAUUGUUUUCCCUGGAGAGAAGACGUUGUUGGCCUUGUGCUUAGAACAGCUUGAAGCUCGAAGGCAAAAUGAGAGUUUCGAUUCUAACUGCACGACUGGUCAGCUUGUCAAACACUCCAAAAAGAUUUUGUUGGCAUCCAAGCCUCCUCCAGCUUUGGAGUCUGUUUUUAAAGAUCACGGCGAAUUUAUGGUUGGUUCUCUUUCCCAUAUAUUAAAUGCAAGAGCGUCUGGUUAUCAGGAACUUCCAGAGUUUCCCGAGGUGCCUCCUGAUCCCUCGGUUAGAAAUGUCGAGGUUGAACCAAUAUGGGAGAAAAAGACACAUACUCGAUCUAAGAAGAAGUCUUCAUUUUACUCAAGUGAAUCCGAAUCAGGUUCUGAAUCUGGAUCUGGCAGUGGUAGUGAAAGUGGAAGCGAAACUGAAAGUGGAAGUGAGGAAGUUAGCGAUAGUGAAAGCAAGUCGUCCAUGGAAUCAUUACCUGGCACUGAAACUGAGUCUCAACAAAGCGAUGACGAAUAUGACAAUGAUAUAGUCGUGAGGAAGAAAUUAGAAAGUCGAAGUAGUAUUGAGUCAAAAACAAGCGAAGAAGAUUCUGACAGCGACAUUGAAACUUCGGAAAACGAGUCUACAGAGAGCGAGGAAGAGAAAGAAACACUGGUUAAAAAGGCUGAGAAAUUCGAAAAGACGAAACCUAAAGCUGCCAAACAGGUGGAACCCAGACCAAGCUCGACAGAUCAGUUGCUCAUCUUUGAUGAAGAAGUGGCACCCAUCGUGAAUGGUACAUCGAAUACACAUAACUCUGUUCUGUCACCUUCACUUAUCGAUGAUAUGAAGACCUUAUCGCUUGGUGUUACCACCAAUGGACCUACCCCCGUUGUACAGAAUGUUGUAACGGACUUCUCAAAGUUGACCUCGCAUGAACUACUGAAUAAGAUAACUGGUCAAGGAUUACAAGCUCAAUAUAAAUUUUCUCGUAGUCCCUGUAUAUUUUCAACAACUAUGGUCGCGGUGGAAGUGACCUUCGUUAAUAAUAGUGGCUCGGUUAUUGAAAAUAUUCGUAUAGGAGAGAAAAAACUAAGUCUUGGUCUAAAAAUGAGUGAUUUCCCGACUAUUGACUCCAUUGAUGUUGGUUCCACAGUUACUGUUACGAUGGGAGUUGAUUUUAAAGACACCAUACAACCAGUUAGUUUUGAAAUAUGCACAAAGUCGAACAAGUUUUCAGUGAAAGUUAACUGCCCUAUGGGAGAACAACUGCAAGCAAGUCCGAUAACCGAACAAGAUUUUAUAAAUUUACAAAAAAAGCUAUCCGGCAUGAACGAGAGUUCUUUGACGGCAGAUAUCCCAACAGAAAACUGCGAUGAAAGAAAACUAAUUUCGCUAGUCUUGGGUUGUGCAAGUGUUGGCGCUCUGCCAAAGAACAGCUCUUCAAAUAUUUACAGAUUUUCCGGUGUGACCAUAUCUUCCGGCGUGCCUGUUCUUAUAACAGUCGACCUGAAAAAGGGGGGUAAAGGUAGCAAAAUAACAGUUAACUGUGAAAAGAUGACAAUUAAUUCGAUUUUAGCCAAGGAAUUGGUGGCGGCCGUUAAGAAAGUGAGCUAACUGUUUGCCGGACAAACAGAAUUAGAACUCGAAAUUUAAUGGUUAGGGAUAAAUAUUUGCAUGAUCACGUGCGCAGCGAAUUCCUGAUCACGUGCGGGAUGUAUGCUAGUCACGUGCGUGGUCUGAUCACGUGGACGAAGUUUAUCGUGGGCUGCAAUUUGGUCACAUGGAACGCAGGUUUUUAUUGCGGUGACAAAUAUUUAUAUUCUUGGUGCAAAAAAUGGAAAAAGAAAAUGAAGCGUGGUUGGUUGCUUUGUCUAGUUGAGCCAGCAAAGAAAUCGUCUUAAAAGUCCCAGUGUGUGUGCUAGUUAAAUACCCGAUUUAAAGGCAAAAUUCUUCAUUUUUUACCGCUUCCUGGACCAAUUAACUUAAAGGCAAAGACUUCCAAGUUUCUCUCAAUUGAUUGAAAAUAGUUCCAAUCGUCGCAAAACCGAAUAAUAUUUUCUGUCAAAAUUUUAUGGGUUAGAUUUUCUCCCGACGUACGUUCAGAAUCUAUAUGGAUCAGUGGGGACAAACAAAUUUAAUCCAACUAUGAUUUUCACAUCUUGUGAAACUCGCGAAAAAAUUACUAAAAGUUUAUGUGUAUAUGAAAAGAAGUGCGAUAGUACAGAUAGAAAGUUAAUUUUUUAAAUAAAAGCGAAAACAGA